AUGUGUAGCGUCGUGGUAGCCUUAGGAUACUUCUUAGGAAUAUCCAAAUCACAACUGGACCCGGUGCAGUGCCUAGAGUUUCUGGGUAUGGAGGCAGAUUCGGUCCGCUUGGCCUUCAGGCUACCAGAAAGGAAGAAGGUUUCGUUCGCCACCCUGCGAGAGGGAGUGUUGAAUGAGCAAAGCGUACCCAUUGUAAAGUUGCAAAAAUUGACGGGAAAACUGGUCUCCUUUGGGCUAGCCGUGCCGGCGGCGAGAUUAUAUUGUAGGGAGAUGUUUAACGCUAUCAGGUUGGCAGGCAAAACAGGCACAGAGGUCAGGAUCAAGGGUAGCGUAAGAGAAGAGAUACAAUACUGGAGGUUCUUAGACCAGUGGGAAGGGCACGUCCCUUGGAGGACGGAAAAGCAUGAGUCUAUAGAGUUAUAUUCGGACGCUUCAGGGUUCAGAUGGGGUGGUUCGGUUGCAACGGAGGAAGGCAGGGUGCAGUUCGGAGAUUACUGGACAGGGCAAGAACAGGAAGAUAUCAUAGCGGUUAAAAAGGCUGAAGCCCUCAGGCAGGUACUCUUGUCCACGGAAGAGCGGGUGCGCAAUAAGAGGGUAGACGCCCUUGUGGACAACACAAAUGUAAUCUCUGCCUGGAACAACCAAGGGGGGAAAAGCAUCCAACUGUCAAGGGCGGUGCGCAGACUGUGGGAGACGGUGGUUAGCCUAAACGUCGACUUGAAGUUAGUUUUCACUCCGUCCAGGGACAAUGAAGCGGAUGCCCCGUCGCGCCUUAUCAAGGCGUCGGAUGUGAUGCUGCAUAGAAAGGUCUUCCAACGGAUCGAUGCCGAGUUAGGAGGAGACUCCGGUUUUGACACUGACCUCAUGGCGUUACCGUCUAACGUGCAGUCAGCGAGGGACGGGAAGAAACUACGUUUCUUCAGUCCGUACCCAACUCCGUACUCUGAAGGGGUCAAUGUAUUCGCACAGGACCUGACGGGUCGAAACUGUUACGCGUUCCCCCCCUUCAGCCUUAUCGGAGCCCUAGUAAACUUGGUGAUACAACAGAAGGCGAGGGUGGUAGUGGUGGUUCCUGACAAGUUCCCCAAGAGUUACUGGUGGCCAAUUGUGGAGAAAAAGGCCGUGCAAAAAGUGAAGGGGAGGUUGAAGACCUCCAACCCCAGCCAACAAUUUGCCCCUACAAUAGCCAAGACCCUAGACACGGCAGCUCCGGUGGACAUUGUCAAGUUCCUUAUCUGGAAAGACCAGAAAGGGAAGACGAAAGUCCACGAGACAGGGUGUGGGGCUGGCAAGGAGGAGUGUGGGAGCCCCCAACACCACGUGCGCAACCACCACCCCCACCACAACCCCGCUGACCUGACGUGGCACCAUCAACAACAGGCGGCGGGCCCCCAACACCACGUGCGCAACCACCACCCCCACCACAACCCCGCUGACCUGACGUGGGAGUAUGAACAACAGGUGGGGAGCCCUCAAUACCAGGACGAGGGUCGAGCUGUAGACGACAGCGAGUGA